AUGUGGCAGAGUGGAGGCACCAGGUACCUGCAGAAUUAUAAUGUCUUCCAAUUGCUUGGUAAAGGCGCCUUUGGAUCCGUCUACUGAGCAAAAUCCAUCAAGAGUGGUGUGGAGUAUGUGAUCAAAAUGAUUAACAAGGAGUCACUGCGAGAAAAUGUCAAGCGUGUGAAAAGUGAGGUGGAGAUUCACCGCCGUUUAAACAAUCCUUCUAUACUUCAGCUGUACUCCUACUUUGAAGACAAUACCCAUGUCUACCUGGUGUUGGAGAUGUGUCACAACGGAGCGAUGGCCCACUACAUGAAAGGCAGCAAGAGGCGUUUUUCUGAGAUGGAAGCGAGACACUUCAUGCAUCAACUAGUGAAUGGAAUGCUGUACUUACACUCUCACGGUAUCUUGCACCGAGACCUGUCCUUGUCCAACUUGUUGCUGACCAAAGACAUGGACAUUAAGAUCGCAGACUUUGGCCUGGCCACUCAGCUCAUUGUCCCUGAUGAGAAGCACUUAACCAUGUGUGGGACGCCCGACUACGUCUCCCCUCAGGUGGCCACACGCAGCGCUUACGGCCUGGAGACUGACGUUUGGUCUCUGGGCUGCAUGUUCUAUGCCUUCCUCAUGGGCCGCCCCCCAUUUGACAGUGACACGGUCCCACACACGUUCUCUAAAGUAGCCCUUGUGGAAUAUGAAAUUCCCACUCAUGUUUCUUGUGAGGCUCGGGAUCUGAUCCGUCAGCUGCUGCAAAAAGAUCCCUCUCGUCGGCCCAGCCUAUCUGCAGUGCUGGACCACCCGUUUAUGACCCAGAGCUUGCUGGGCAGGACCAAGAAGCUGGGCCUGGUCGAUGAUUGCACCAUGGAUAGUGGCGUUGCUACUUUCUCCACUGCCUGUACCUCCUCCACGUCGGGCAGCAGUGGCAUUUACUUUUAUGAGCAUAGACAGGGCCGGCCCGUGGCAUAG